CCCAAACUGAGGGGAAGAAUUUCUACAAUGAACCAUUGCAACCCCGAGCAUAGCUGCGAUGGCUCUACGGCCGCCCAGUGAGGCCGAACCCCAGGACAAGGUGUGCUACCCGGCCGAGAGCCCCCAGCCCCUGGCUCCCUACUACUCCCCUUUCCCAGCCUAUGGCCACUACAAGAACGCCUUGCCCGCCGCGCAGGAGGACUUCCAACCCUUCGGACAGCUGGACGCCGCGAUGUCCGCAUCUCAGGCCGUGAACCCUUUCCCCUUUGGGGUGGCAUCUCCCUUGCUGAGCCCGGGUCUGGCUCUGCCCAGGGAGCCGCUCUUUGAACUACCUUGGUACAGCAAAUUACCGUUGUGGUACCCAAUUCCCCACCUCCCCAGGGAGGUGCCACUCGCUCUGAAUAGCCACGAGUACACGGGCGCACGCGGGGGUGACGAUUUGGUCCCCGCGAUUGGGCACAGAGACAGUGGUCAGUGCUGGGCACCGGAGACCUUAAUGCCGCUGCUCCCCGUGGAUGCCUCAGCAUUACCUGAGGGGCAGAGGACCUCCCAGCUAGCGUCUUCUCCCAGCAAGCCAUCUGAGGAAAGCCCCAAACCCCUGAACCGAGAGGGCAGGCCGGUUCCUGGUCGUCGUCGUUUCCACUUCACCGAGGAGGAGCUGCAUUUUGUUCUAUACGGGGUCGCGCCCAGCCUGGAGUACUCAGCCAGCCUGCAUCAUGCCAUCUCGGGCCUCUUGGUCCCCACCGACAGUGCCGGGUCUGAGCAGCCUCCUCAAAGUCUGGAUAGAGACUCCCUUCAGCUUCCAGAAGGUCUCCUCCUCACGUGCACGAUGUUGGGAGCAACGCCCCAUUUUGGUGUGUUCUGCAGUAGCUUCCUUGCCAAAGGAAUCAGAUUUGGGCCCUUUCAAGGAAAAGUGAUCAAUGCCAGUGAACUGAAGACCCACUUUGACAAUUCUCUGAUGUGGGAGAUCUUUCAAGACGGCCACCUGAGCCACUUUAUAGAUGGAAGAGAGACAGGGAACUGGAUGUCUUAUGUCAACUGUGCCCGCUUCCCCAAGGAGCAGAACUUGGUUGCUGUUCAGUGUCAAGGACAAAUAUUUUAUGAGAGCUGCAAGGAGAUUCACCAGAACCAAGAGCUGCUUGUGUGGUAUGGAGACUGCUAUGAGAAGUUUCUGGACAUUCCCGUAAGCCUGCAGGUCACUGAGCAGGAUACUCAGUCAGCAGCGCCCAUGGAAGAGUCUACAGAAGGUUACCGAUGCGAGAGAUGUGGAAAAGUGUUCACCUAUAAAUACUACAGAGAUAAGCACCUCAAGUACACACCCUGCGUGGACCAGGGCGACAGGAAGUUCCCCUGUUCACUGUGCAAGCGGUCCUUUGAGAAGCGGGACCGCCUGCGCAUCCAUGUUCUCCAUGUUCACGAGAAGCACCGGCCACACAAGUGCCCUACAUGUGGGAAGUGUUUCUCUCAGUCUUCCAGCCUGAACAAGCACAUGCGAGUGCACUCUGGAGACAGACCGUACCAGUGUGUGUACUGUGCAAAGAAGUUCACUGCCUCCAGCAUCCUCCGCACACACAUCAGGCAGCAUUCCGGGGAAAAGCCCUUCAAGUGCAAGCACUGUGGCAAAUCUUUCGCAUCACAUGCUGCCCACGACAGCCACGUCCGGCGCUCACACAAGGAGGAUGAGGGUGGCACUUGCAGUGUCUGUGGGAAAACCUUCCCCGAUCAAGAGGCCCUGGACUCCCACGGAAAGGUUCACGAAGACUGCUUGCCCCCAGAAUGCGAAACCAUGUGA